UUAAUUAUGAGGCGUUUAACUAUGUUGUAAUCAUUUAUUGAGUUGUGUUGUACUUCGAAACUAUUACUUCGUUUGCUUUCUCUUUCAAUUAGUGUUCUGAUGACAUGAUGCAAUUUGCAUUAAUGACUUUACUUGGUAGUGACUCUUAUACUUUGCCAUUACAUUAUUGCACAAUUUCAACAUUAACUAUGUUGUACUUGUGACUUCUACUAUAGCAGAUUUGGCGAACAGGUUGUAAUGUGGAACGGAGGGCCUUCGAACGCGUCGCCUGACAACACAAUAGACGAUGACUCAGAUGAUGACUAUGAGACAGCAGGUGUCGCGGCUAUGCUCUGGUAUUACCAAACCUACGUUGAGAGACCCCCGCCUCAACCUAAGCACACCUCCGCGUUCACAGGUAUUAUGCGUGUUGAUUACUUGCUUGAUGGUCAUGAGGACGUAAUUCGGAAUAAGAUUAGGAUGGGCAGUGACUGUUUUAAGCGACUGAGUUCACUCUUAGAACUUAAGGGAUAUCUGAGACCCACUAGGAAUAUGAACGUGGACGAGCAGCUUUUUAUCUUUCUAUACAUUGUGUCCCAAAGCCAAAGCAAUAGGGAAUCGCAGGAUCAAUGGCAGCAUUCUGGAUCCACAAUUUCCAAAUACUUCGAGGCUGUAUUGGCGGCAAUAUAUAACCUGCGGCAUGAUUUCAUAACACCCCCGAAUUUUAACAUUAUUGAUCCAAUCAUUGCUGCGAGUGGAAGCAAGUAUUUGCCAUGGUUUAAGAAUUGUGUUGGAGCUCUCGACGGGACUCACGUCCCUUGUGUUCCACCAUCAGGUAACCCCGAAGUAUGGAGGAAUAGGAAGGGUUUUUACUCCCAAAAUGUGUUAGGGGUAUGUUCAUUUGACAUGAAGUUUACCUACAUAUUAGCUGGAUGGGAGGGAUCGGCACAUGAUGCGCGCGUUCUUUCAUCCGUAGUGGGGGUACGAGAAAAAAAGUUCCCAACUCCACCGCCCGGUAAAUACUACCUUGUAGACUCUGGCUACGCGAACAACGAUUGUUUCUUGGCGCCGUACCGGGGGAGCACAUAUCACCUUCAAGAGUAUAGGGCAAGACGUGGGCGUCCUCGAACUCAGCGUGAGUUGUUCAAUUACACGCAUUCGUCCCUAAGAAAUGCUAUUGAGCGCACUUUUGGUGUUUGGAAAGCAAGGUUCCGCAUACUCAAGUGCAUAAAUAAUUACCCAAUAGAGAAACAGAUACAAAUUCCUAUUGCUUGUGCUGUGCUUCACAAUUUCAUACAUAUGUACAACAAUAACGAUGAGCUACUGAACCAGUACACACGAGACGGAGUUUCAGUUUUUGAAAUUGAUCCAGAGAAUGCAGAUCAAGAUGUUAAUCAGAAUCACAAUCAUGAUCGCGGAACAGAACAAAAUCAGAACUCCGCACAUCGUAGACAAAUGAAUAUUUUGAGGGACGAGAUGGCAGCUAGCAUGUGGGCGGCAUUGGAAGCAUAUCGCAAUCGAUAG